GGCAGCCCCGCGGCUCCGAAGGUCCCCCGGGCGCCGGGGCCGCUGUCAUGGCGGCGCGGCCGCGGGCGCUGCAGCUGCUGCUGGUCCUGGUGCCCUUGGCCGCCGCYGUCUAUGAGGACCAAGUGGGCAAGUUCGACUGGAGGCAGCAGUAUGUGGGGAAGCUCAAGUUCGCCUCCCUGGAGGCCUCGCAGGGCUCGAAGAAGCUCGUCGUGGCCACCGAGGAGAACGUGGUGGCCGCCCUGAACUCCCGGAGCGGCGAAAUCCUGUGGCGCCAUGUGGACAAGGGCACCCCGGAAGGAGCCAUCGACGCGAUGCUGAUCCAUGGGCAGGAUGCCAUCACAGUGUCCAACGCUGGGCGGAUUCUGCGCUCCUGGGAGACCAACAUCGGGGGCUUGAACUGGGAGACCUCCCUGGACACUGGCAGUUUCCAGGGAGCUGCCCUGGUGGGGCUCCCAGAGGCAGUGAAGUACGUGGCUGUGCUGAAGAAGGCAGCCCUGUCUCUGCACUACCUGUCCAACGGGCACCAGAAGUGGGUGGAGCAGCUGCCAGAAAGUGAGAGCACUCAGUACCAGCUGCUGUAUUCCCGGGGCACUGGAGUGAUCCAUGUGCUUGGCAUYGUUCCCCAGAGCCACCUGAACAUCUUGACGUUCAAUGUAGAAGAUGGAGAAAUCACAAAACAGGUGAGGGUGGCAGCCCCAUGGCUGCGGGACCUGCGGGGCUCCUGUGCCGUGGUGGGCGAGGCUGUGCUGCUGUGCCUGGACACUGCCACACACUCACUGCACUCCUGUGCCCUGGACACUGAGCAGGACAUGAGGCACAUCCCACUGCAGUCCCUGGAGCUGGAGUUUGCAGAUGACUUCCAGGCCAGGAUCUUGGCUACCCAGCCCAGUGUGACUGGUGCCUCACGGACUCAGUUCUUCCUGCAGCUGUCCCCRAGCCACUUCUCCCUGCUGCAGUACAAGCAGGGGCUGCUCAGCCACCUCCGGGACUUCCAGCAGGCAGCUCUGGUGAGCUUUGCAACGACYGGGGAGAAGACAGUGGCUGCUGUCCUGACAUGCAGGAGUGAACUGAAACCUGGCAGCUCUGAUGGUGGCAGUGCUCUGGAGGAUGCCCGCAGGCAGGAUUCCUUAAUCUGCUCCAACCAAACCUACAACAUCAACCUCUACCUGGUGGAAACAGGACAGAGAUUGUUGGAUACCACCAUCACCUUUACCCUGGAGCAGGGAGGGGCCAAGCCUCAGCAGCUGUACAUCCAAGUUUUCCUGAAGAAGGAUGACUCCGUGGGCUAUCGAGCCUUGGUGCAGACAGAGGACCACAUGCUCAUGUUCCUGCAGCAGCCAGGAAAGGUUGUAUGGAGUAGGGAGGAGUCACUGGCAGAGGUGGUAAGCUUGGAGAUGGUGGAUCUGCCUCUGACAGGUGCACAGGCUGAGCUGGAGGGAGAAUUUGGAAAAAAAGCAGAUGGKUUGCUGGGAAUGUUCCUGAAGCGCCUCUCAUCCCAGCUCAUCCUGCUGCAAGCCUGGACUGCUCACCUCUGGAAGAUGUUCUACGACGCCAGGAAGCCCCGGAGCCAGAUUAAAAAUGAGAUUAACAUUGACAAUUUGGCCAGGGAUGAAUUCAACCUGCAGAAAAUGAUGGUGAUGGUCACUGCCUCGGGAAAGCUUUUUGGCAUUGAGAGCAGCUCAGGCACCAUCCUGUGGAAGCAGUACCUCAGGAAUGUGAAACCAGGCUCCUCCUUCAAGCUKAUGGUGCAGAGAACAACAGCCCAUUUCCCCCACCCUCCCCAGUGCACUCUGCUCGUGAAGGACAAGGAAACCAAAAUGAGUUUUCUGUACGUCUUUAACCCCAUCUUUGGAAAGAAAAGCCAAGUAGCCCCUCCUGUUCUGAAGCGUCCAAUUCUCCAGACUUUGCUUCUGCCUAUUAUGGAUCAAGACUAUGCCAAAGUGCUGCUGCUGAUUGAUGAUGAGUACAAGGUUACACCUUUCCCAGCCACUAAAAACGUCCUUCGCCAGUUAGAAGAAAUUGCCCAUUCCAUCUAUUUUUAUCUGGUUGAUGCUGAGCAGGGAAAACUCUCUGGAUUCAGGUUGAAAAAGGACUUGAGCACGGAGGAGAGCUGGGAGGUGGCCAUCCCCACUGAGGUGCAGAGGAUUGUGACUGUCAAAGGGAAGAGGUCCAACGAGCACGUGCACUCCCAGGGCCGCGUGAUGGGCGACCGCAGCGUUCUCUACAAGUCCCUGAACCCCAACCUGCUGGCUGUGGUGACCGAGAGCACGGACACGCACCACGAGCGCACCUUCAUCGGGAUCUACCUCAUGGACGGGGUCACGGGCAGGAUCAUCCACUCCUCUGUGCAGAAAAAGGCCAAGGGGCCCGUGCACAUGGUGCACUCCGAGAACUGGGUGGUGUACCAGUACUGGAACACGAAGGCACGGCGCAACGAGCUGACGGUGCUGGAGCUCUACGAGGGCACAGAGCAGUACAAYGCCACGGCCUUCAGCUCCCUGGACCGGCCCAUCCUGCCCCARGUGCUGCAGCAAUCCUACAUCUUCCCCUCUGCCAUCAGUGCCAUGGAGGCCACCAUCACCGAGCGGGGCAUCACCAGCCGCCACCUCCUCAUUGGGCUUCCCUCCGGGGCCAUCCUGUCCCUUCCCAAGGCUCUGCUGGACCCUCGGCGCCCUGAGAUCCCGACRGAGCAGAGCAGGGAGGAGAACCUGAUCCCCUACUCCCCAGAUGUGCAGAUCCACGCUGAGAGGUUCAUCAACUACAACCAGACCAUAUCCAGGAUGAGGGGCAUUUACACAGCCCCCUCCGGCCUCGAGUCCACGUGCUUGGUGGUGGCCUACGGGCUGGACAUCUUCCAGACWCGAGUGUACCCCUCCAAGCAGUUUGACGUGCUCAAGGACGACUAUGACUAUGUGCUCAUCAGCAGUGUCCUCUUCGGGCUGGUCUUUGCCACCAUGAUCACCAAGAGGCUGGCCCAGGUGAAGCUGCUGAACCGGGCCUGGCGCUGAGGGAGGCCCAGCCUGGACAGCAGCUGGGCUGGGAUGGCCUGGAGGGCUCUGCUGGGAUCCCAGCUCCCCCAAGGGAUGGAUCCAAACACCUUGGAUUGGAAGAUUUCASUGAGGAAAAGCUGCUGGUGGAACAAAAACCCACACUGCCCGCACGUCUCUCAUGAGGAGAGAUGGAAGAGAUGAAAAAUUGAGACUUUUUUUAGUCUGUUCUGACUGGAAGAGGUCCCAACCUUCCCUUAAAGCCCCCAAAUCAGUGUGUCCCUGCUGUUGGUGAACACUAAGGAUGUGCAUCCUGCCCAUCUUGGGCUCUUCCUCAGCGCCAGCUGUGCCCACAUCUGGCAGAGAGGGGGGUGAGCGUCGUUGGCUGCUGAGAUGUGGAUCGAGCUCCUGCUGUAAGGAAGAGACCUUGGGUGAUUUCCUCAGGAAAAAUGUUGGGAAUGGGGUGACUGUCACUGGGAAACAGCCUCAUGGAGCCACUGAUGAAGCUGCAGAGCAGUGGGAGGAAUUUGAACCUAAAGCCUCUCCGUGUUUAUUUAUUAUUAUGAAAACAUCAGUUCCUUCCCAUUUGUUUCUAAAUUCUCCUGCUUUUUCUUUUUCUGUAUGCACUGCUGGGUUAAAGUGAGGUGGUCCAAGGGGAGGAGCCCCUCGGGCCUGCAUUAAUGAACUCUGUGGGUUUAAAUUGUUAUGGUCCAGUUUGGCAGCGAGUUGUUCCCCCAGGAGAGGCUGUGUCCCUCCCACCCCUUCCCAGUGUCCAGAUCCCAAAAUAAAGCUGUGGAGCAGGGAGCCRGU